GGUGCUUUACAUAAGACUUGCUGCUGUGGUUUUCGUUUACCGUCACCAGCAAGAGGACCGUUUCCUAUGAUCUCGUCGUGUAUUUACUUCUCACUUGGCCAAGUUAAAUGGAUCACCUGAUAUGGGAGAGAGAAUUUGGAGGAAACCUUUCAACAAGUAUGCUUGGGUCUAGAAGUGGGGAGCCAUACCCCAACUCUAGAGUCAACUUUUAAUUGAAGUGGAACAGCACAAAAACAAAGGUCUAAUGCGACUCGUACACAAAACGUAUGGACCUAAGGAAACUCCAAGGUUGAAGCUUGAAAGGUUUCUGGGAAUCCACAGUUUUUCUUCUUGAGACUCCAGAGAAGUCUUGGAAUGCAAAGAACCCCUAAAGGAAACUUAGCUUAGGCUUCAGUGAAGCAAAGGCUUAGUACAAGCACAACAGAUGUCCCACUUGUAAAGGCAGGAACCUUCAAGAAAGACUGCAGUAGGACUUUUAGAGCAAAGGCACUAGAAACAACCAGAAGAUCACCAUGGAAAAAACAGAGAAAAAGAUUGCUACACAAGAGGGAAGAUUCUUUUCCAAGAUGAAGAUGUUUCUUUUGGCAUUAACAUGUGCAUAUGUAUCCAAAUCACUAUCAGGAGUUUAUAUGAAUUCCAUGCUCACACAAAUAGAGAGACAAUUUGAUAUCCCCACAUCUAUAGUUGGUCUUAUCAAUGGGAGCUUUGAAAUUGGAAACCUUGUGUUGAUUAUAUUCGUGAGUUAUUUCGGGAGGAAAUUGCACAGACCUAUCAUGAUUGGUGUUGGAUGUGUCCUUAUGGGCCUGGGGUGCUUCUUAAUGUCAUUACCUCAUUUCCUCAUGGGCAGAUAUGAAUAUGAAACAACGAUUUCACCUACAAGCAACUUGUCUUCAAACAGCUUCAUGUGUAUGGAAAACAGAACACAAACCUUAAAGCCAAUGCAAGACCCAACAGAGUGUGUGAAAGAAAUGAAAUCAUUAAUGUGGAUAUAUGUACUAGUAGGAAAUAUUAUGCGUGGAAUUGGUGAAACUCCCGUCAUGCCCUUGGGUAUUUCUUACAUUGAAGAUUUUGCCAAAUCAGAAAACUCUCCUUUGUACAUUGGGAUUUUGGAAAUGGGGAAGGUUGUUGGCCCAAUUUUUGGACUUGUGUUGGGAUCUUUCUGUGCACGCAUGUAUGUAGACAUUGGGUCUGUGAAUACAGAUGACCUGACCAUAACUCCCACAGAUACACGCUGGGUCGGUGCUUGGUGGAUCGGCUUUUUGGUCUGUGCAGGAGUGAAUAUCCUGACGAGCAUUCCCUUUUUCUUUUUUCCAAAAACACUCCCAAGAAAAGGACAACAGGAUAAUGUGGAUAUGACUAUAUAUGAGAAAGUUGAGAAAUAUAGAGAAAGAAAGAAAAAGGAAAACCUUGGAAUCACAAAAGAUUUCUUGCCAUUCAUGAAGAGCCUCUUCUGCAAUCCAAUUUACAUGCUUUUCGUCCUUACGAGCGUGCUCCAGAUAAACGCGUUCAUCAAUAUGUUUACCUUCGUGCCCAAAUACCUGGAACAGCAAUUUAGAAAAUCGACUGCAGAGGUAGUAUUCCUCAUAGGUGUUUAUUCCUUCCCUCCAAUAUGCCUUGGAUAUUUAAUUGGUGGCUUUAUUAUGAAGAAGUUUAAGAUUACUGUCAAGAAAGCUGCAUACCUAGCAUUCUGCCUAUCCUUGUCUGAAUAUCUUCUUUAUUUCUGUAACUUUAUGAUGACCUGUGAUAAUGCCCCAGUUGCUGGAUUAACUGCCUCUUAUAAAGGAGUUCAUCACCAACUGUAUGCGGAGAAUAAGUUCCUUGCUGACUGCAACGCAAGGUGUAACUGCGUAACGGACACAUGGGAUCCAGUGUGUGGAGACAACGGCCUAGCAUACAUGUCAGCCUGCCUCGCAGGCUGUAAGAAGUUCGUUGGAACUGGAACCAACAUGGUGUUUCAAAAUUGCAGCUGCAUUCUGUCAUCAGGAAACUCAUCUGCAGUCCUGGGGCUGUGUAAUAAAGGCCCUGGGUGUGCUAACAAGUUUCAGUACUUUUUAAUCUUAACAGUAAUUGGCAGUUUCAUCUACUCACUUGCAGCCAUACCUGGGUACAUGGUUCUUCUGAGGUGCAUCAAGUCUGAAGAGAAGUCACUUGGAGUUGGACUACAUUCAUUUUUCAUAAGAAUAUUUGCUGGCAUUCCUGCACCUAUUUACUUUGGAGCUUUGUUAGACAGAACCUGUUUACACUGGGGAACUCUGAAAUGUGGCCAGCCAGGGGCCUGCAGGCUGUAUGAUAUAAACAGCUUCAGGCGCAUUUACCUUGGAUUGCCUGCAGCGCUGAGAGGAUCAAGCUUUCUCCCUGCCUUCUUCAUUCUAAUAUUUAUGAGGAAAUUCCAAUUCCCUGGGGAGUUUGAAUCUUCAGAAACUGAACUUGCAGAGAUGAAGCUCACAAUGAAGGAAAGCGAGUGCACAGAUGUGAACAGAAGUCCUAAGGUGGAGAAUGAUGGAGAACUGAAAACCAAGCUGUAAUGAGUUUUCUACUGGCCUAUGCAAGGCCGUGAACAGAAUGAAUUUCACUAGUUUUGAAUCAUGAGAGGUACGAUAGGAAAUUUUACCUUUAAGGACCUCAACAAUUAUUUUUACUCAUGAUAAAAAUAAUUGCUGAUAGCAUUUUCAGAAUAUUAGGGUACCACUUAAGAUUUUCUCAGAUGUCUAUGGUGAUGCACACACUGAACUUUAAAGCUUCCUUCAUUUUCACAUAACAUUUUCUCUUUUAACUCAAUCAAGGGAAGUGUGUGCUUCCCACACGUCUUCAAAUAGAUUUGAAACUUUACUACUCUCAAAACAGUAUUUAAUUCCACUGAAUUUGUGCUUCAAUGUUAGAGGUAUUUAGAGCUGAAAACAUGCAUUCUGGUUGUGCCACAUUGAGAAAGUUAUCUUUUAUGUUCAAGCUGUCUGCAUAUGUCUGUACCUAGGAGUUGUCAAACUUUUAUUAUUUUAGUCAUGAUGUUUCUAAGAUUAGACUUCUCCCUCAUGUGUCAUCUCCUGGUUUUAGUGCCUUCUUUCUUUACUCCUCUCACACAGUUGAUCAUUUUGUUUAGAGCACUGACAGACUUAAUCAGGUUAUUAAAAAUCACAUUGCAAAGAUUUUUUGACCUGUUUUUUCCAUAGCAAUUCAAAACCGUUAAUGAAAAAAAUUUUUUUUUUUUAAAAAAAGCAACUAUUUGAGAAAGCCAGUACUUUCAAAGGUCCUUUGUAAGCAUGGAGUUGUAUCUCAGAGGUACUAUGUUUGUCUAUUAUGUGUGAAGCCCUGCACUGAACCAAAAGAUAGAGUAAACUACUGACAAUAUAAGAUAAACUAAACUAAAAUAAAAUAAGUUAGGGCUGGAUCCAGUAUAAGAUGUUCUCAAAGGUUACUUUCUUAUCCUCAGGAUGCCUCUUUGGUUCAGUCAUCUUUUUUUUUUUCAUGUGUUCUCAGAGCACAUGAAUAAAAUAUCAUGUUUAAAAGUAUAACUAUAACCUUAUAAUAUAUUAUAAAUUUAUAAUUAAAAUUAAGCUAUAGCAUGAAUAAAAAUAGCAUGGCUAUUAACUUUCAAAAUCAGACUAAAACCUUUAAAGUGAGACCAGGCAGGUAGUUCAAUGGAAAGGGAUAUUUGCCACCAAGCUUGACAAGGUGGCUUUGAUUGCUGAGACUAACAUGGUAGAAGAAAGGAACAAACUCUUACAAGAUGUUUUAUGCCUUCUAAUCCUGUACUAUGGUGUAUGUGUCCUACUCCACCCUACAUUUUGAGAGAGAGAGAGAGAGAGAGAGAGAGAGAGAGAGAGAGAGAGAGAGAGAUUUAAGCAGUGACUCUUGCUGAAAGGAAAUUUGUUUUUAUAGAAUUUAAAAUAUUUGUAAAAAGAACAAAACAAAAUUAAGUCAGUUUGUCAUGGUUGGAAUACAAAGUGCCCCUUCUCAGCUAGGGCAAUGGGGCAAUAGGAUAUUUAGUUUCCUGUUGAUAAUGCUGUUUGGGGAGGAUUGGGUGAGUGCAUCCUUGAAGGAGGAAAUACAUCACUGGGAUGAGCUUUGAGAUUUAAAAUUCUCACCCUACUUCCAGUUCGCACUUUGGAUUGUUCUUUGAGGAUAUGAAAUCUUAGCUUCCUACUUCAGUCACUAUACCUGCUGCAUGGUGUCAUGCCUCAUGCCAUGAGGGACUACAGUCCUUCUGGAAUCAUAAGCCAAAAUAAACUCUUGUUAUUUUAAAA